CUUCGUUAUGAAACAAGCAGAUAUGUGUUAUUGCAAUUUCAGAAAAGACCAAGAAAAGAUUAAAAUAUGCAUAAGAAAUUGUUUUUGUUAUUAGAUAAUGAUUUAUCCUCGUGUAAACGAUGACACUGAGACUGAUUUCAAGGUUCUUAUUAUAUUGGUCAAGGUUUCGCCCUUUAAUUGUAAUUAGUUCACUAGUUCUGCUCUUUUUAUUUCAUUUUGUGUCUCAAGAAAUUUUUAAACGAGUUCUAAAUAUACGAGAGGUUUAACGGAUACGAAAUUUCUCUGAGUUGACUGAUUACUGUGUUCCUUUGACUAACAUAUGGGCUUACUUAACGCUUUGUACAGUCUGCCGACGCUUCUGUACUUGAAUUACAUCGGUUUUGGUUCAUCAAAAUGCGGAUCACAGAAUAUGUCCGAGAAAAAGAAGCGCAUAGCUAUCAUUGGUGGUGGAUUUUCAGGAGCUGGAUCAAUAAUAAUGCUCAAAGAAGAAAAUAUGGAUCCCGUUUGCUUCGAAAAAACAGACAAGCUUGGUGGCACAUGGUGCUAUCGUGAAGACAUAAUAGAUGGCGUUGCGUCCAUAAUGCCUACCACGAUUAUAAACAACAGCAAAGAAAUGGGGGGCUUUAGCACAUUUCCUCCACCGAAAGAAUAUCCCAAUUAUAUGCGACAUUGGCAACUGUAUGAAUAUUUCAAGAUGUACUGCGAGAAGUAUGACUGCAUGAAGCAUAUUCAAUUUAACAUGGAAGUAAUUGAAGUUAAACGCACUGAAGAUUACGAUCAAACUGGAAGAUGGAGGGUCACAGCAAAAAAUACUGUAACUGGAGAAGAAUUCACAGAUGAAUUUGAUGGUGUCAUGGUAUGCGUAGGGCACAUCAACAGACCUCAAAUUCCAGAUUUUCCUGGACUGAAUAAAUUCAAAGGGAAAGUUAUGCAUACACAUAGUCUCAAAGACGUGUCAGAAUUCAAAGACCAGAGAGUUUUGGUUGUGGGCACGGGAUGUUCUGCGUUAGAUGCAGCAGUGGAAACAAGCAGUGUGGCUGAGCAGAUUUAUAUGAGUACAAGAACUGGAGCAUAUGUUCUAGGCAGAUUAGGACCCUUUGGCUAUCCUGUGGACACAGUAUUUCUCAGACGAUUCGUAGCUAAUCUAAUGGAUAUUCUGCCAACUAACUUUUGCAGUUACUUCCUGGAAAAAUCCCUUAUAGAUUCCAAGUUCCAUCAUACAUUAUAUGCAGUACCUCCAAAGUACCAUGUUUUAUCCAAAGAUCCAAUAGUUAGUGACUACAUAGGAGCUAAACUAUUGUCAGGAUCUGUAAUUCAGCAAAAUGAUAUUGAUGAAUUCACAGAAGAUGGUGUCAUUUUUAAGGGAGAAGAUCGAGUAACUAAAGUUGAUAAGGUAAUUAUGGCAACUGGAUACACGUGGGAUUUUCCUUUUCUUGAAAAAGGAAUAGUUACAGAAAAAGAUGGGAAAAUUAAUUUAUAUAAAUUAAUGUAUCCACCUCACUUGAAGCACCCCACUUUGGCAAUAAUUGGUUUCAUAUUACCUUUUGGACCAGGGAUGCCCCUUGGUGAACUACAAUGCAGAUGGGCUGCACACAUUUUCGCUGGAAAAGGCUCUUUGCCAUCGAAAGAAAUAAUGCUGAAAGACAUUAACAGACGACAUAAUAUGAACAAAAGGCGAUAUGCUCCAAGUGAAAAAAUGACUCUGCGUGUCGAUUAUGUUCAAUAUAUGGAUGAAAUAGCUUCUCGUUUUGGUGUUAAACCAAACUUAUUAAAGUUGUUUUUCACAGACAUCAAACUAUUCUGGAAGCUAUACUGGGGACCAUGCUACCCUUAUCAGUAUCGUCUUCAAGGUCCCCACAGUUGGGAAGGUGCUAGAGAUGCUAUCAUGAAAGCAGAAGAAAGAAUAUUAUUUCCUUUACGUGCUAAAAACUGUAAGAGUAAAUGAAAUAUAUGAAGUUCUGAACAGAAUCAUGAGACUUUGUUUUUGUAAAAUAUGGUAUUUACCAACGUCCCUCAGAAGUGCGUGUUAAAUCACUGAAUUUGAUAGCUAAAUUUACAAAGACCAAAACCUAUCGUAAAAAAAUGGAAUUAUUAUAAUUGAAAGUGUCAUGGGGGUCAUGCUAUCCUUAUCAGUAUUGGCUUCGAGGUCCCCCACAGUUCGGAAGGUGCUAGAGAGGCUCUGAUGAAAGCUGAAGAAAGAAUAUUGUUCUCUUUACUUGCUAAGAACAGUAAGAGGAAAUGAAAGCAGAAAAUUUCUUUAAAUUAGAAUUAUAUGACCUUGCUUUCGUAAAUAUGAUAUUUAUCAACAUUCUUCAGAAACGUGAGUUAAUUCAUGAAUUCGAUAACUAAAUACCAUAUACAAAGACCAUAUCUAAAAAAAUAGAAAAAAUAGAAUGUAUUACUGUUCAAAGUGUCAUCUGUUCUGUUGCUGCAGCACACAAGGUAUAUUGAAAGCAAACUAUUUUUUUUUUCAUCCCACUUUUUUCAUCCAUAAAAACUCUUACCACACAUCUGUUGAAGUCUUCAGGAUGAUGCAAUACUGCAUUCAAACGAGCACAAAUCAGAUGCCAUAGUAACUGUUGUCACAAUCACUCCUUCAAAUACAGGCAUAUCGAAUGAGUAUACUCUGAACAGCCAGUUACACCAUUUUGCAGCAGAACACUCUGUAUCACUUUCACGUGACUCACACUUUUAUAAGUUAUAGAAGUUUAUGUAAUUUAUUAUAAAGCAUUAUUAAUAUCCUUAAGAAUAUUAAGGAUAUUAAACGAUGAAUGCCGAUAUUUUAAAAAAUUUCUGCACUCUCUAAACUGUUAAGUAAUAUAAUUUUGACACCAUUAAAAUUUAUUCUUUCGAAAUUAAUUACGUGCAUUCCAAUAAAGUGAUAUAAUUAAUGUCAACAAAUGCAUGUAUUGGCUACCUGUAAGUCAUAGCGAAAUAGAAGUAGUUAUUUCUUAGCUGGGCAAAAACUAUCAGGAUAUCGCAGAUAAAAUUAAGAAAACAGCAACGAAACGAGCAAAUUCAUGCAAAUUAAAAUUCUACAGACUAUAUCCAUAAUAUUAUUCAGUUUAACACGAGGUUCUAUAAUUACAUAAAAUAAUGGAAAUAAAUUACUUAUUUCAUUAUUUUUGUUACCAAAAGUAUUAAUAACACUCUAAAAAUAGUAAAAUACUUGAUAAUUAUUCAGCAAUUAAUUAUUUGGCAUACAUUAUAAAAAGUAAUGAAAUUUUUCCCUAUUAAAAUAUAUUGCAAAUUUUAAAAAUAUACUUUUGAUAAAAUCGGAAUGAAUGUAUUUAUAGUUUACAACAUAUGUACUCAUUAGUUUACUAUGUAUAUAUUUUAUGUUCUACUAAGUAGGUGCUCCGUAUAUAUUUAUACACUUCACGUUCUUAUGAAGUACAUAUAAUUUUAACAUAAAAUAUGCGUAAACGCAUAUAGAAACAUCACUUAUAUCUAGGCUGCGUGAUGCAACUAAGCUUAGGUUUCAGAAUUUAAGCCACAGAAUGCCAUUAAUUCUCUUAUAAUUUUUGCAACAUUAAAAAACUUCAUUUUAACGUGCGAAAAAUAAUAAGCUCUCACAUUUCGCAUCGUAAUUUAGGACUCACUCCUUUUAUUUCCUUAAAUCAGAUCCUGUCAUUUUCAUUGAAGUUGUACAGCAUCAGUUGUUUAAUUUGUUGUUGUAAAUACAGUUACUGAAUAAAUUGUUUUGAAAUCUUCUUUUGUACAAAAUGUAAAUAUGAAUGUUCAUUUUUGUAAUAAAUUUCACUAAUUUUUGUCCUUUCA